AACAUUUUUAGUGAUGGCCGAUGGUUCAGUUGGAAGGGAUGCUAAAACGACCGUUGCCGAAAUUUAGUGUUAAUUUAAUCACGUUUCCAAUCCGUCGGUGUUUAAAAGUGAAUGAAAUUAAUCAGGAAAAACGUUUCCCGUGCAUUAGUGUUUUGCGUGUCAGUUAAAUUGCUUGUGUGGUACGGUGCUGAAUGUUUGUUGUGUCGUUAUAAUAAUAGGAUCAGUGGAAGAUUCGUUAUAUUGGAUUACGGAUCGCUGUUUAUUUAAUUUUCAAGAAAUAAAGAUAGUGUUGUGCUCGUGCCUGUGAAGUGCAUCGAUGAUACUCUAGAAGCUCCGGGACGGGGGGCGCCACGCUGCUCGGAUUUAUCAUUUAGGGGCGGUGUGUGAGUGUCGCACCGCCAUGUCGCACCACAGCGACGAGCAGUCCAUGCUCACAGUGACCUCCGACUCCUUCUGGGAGCCCGGCAACUACAAGCGGACCACGAGACGAGUAGACGACGGGCACAGAUUGUGUGGGGAGCUGCAGGCUCUGGUACAGGAGAGGGCUGAUAUAGAGAAGACUUAUGCCAAAAGCCUGAGAGGGUGGGCGAAGAAAUGGAACGACCUUAUAGAGAAAGGACCUGAAUACGGCACGAUGGAGGCGGCGUGGAAAGGCGGCAUGGUGGAGGCGGAGAGACUGUCCGACCUACACCUGACCGUCCGCGACCGGCUCGUCAACGACGUCAUAGCGCAGAUCAAGAACUGGCAGAAAGAUACCUACCACAAGUCAAUGAUCCAGCUAAAAGAAAGAAAAGAAAUGGACGAAGCGUUCAAGAAAGCGCAGAAGCCGUGGGCCAAGUUUCUCCAGAAGGUCGAACGGACGAGGCUGGAGUACCACACGGCGUGCAAGCAGGAGCGGACCGCGCAGAACCAGGAACGGAACGCUGGAGGGGACAGCUCGCUGAGUCCUGAUCAGGUUAAGAAAAUGGCUGAGCGCGUGUCCAAAUGCCGCGAGGAAGUGUCCAAGUCCCGAGAGAAAUACCAAGCGGCUCUCGCCGAGAUCACCGCCUAUAAUCCUCGCUACAUCGAGGACAUGAGCGGUGUCUUCGAGAGGUGUCAACAGAUGGAAGCCCAGCGGCUGACCUUCUUCAAGGACGUGCUGUUCAGCUUCCACAAGUGCCUCAACAUCAGUCAGGAGCCCACAUUACCCCAAAUCUACGAGGAGUUCCACCACACGAUAAACAACGCAGACCACCAGAAGGACCUGAAGUGGUGGGCCAACAACCACGGCGUCAAUAUGGCCAUGGCGUGGCCUCAGUUUGAGGAGUACACGGAGGAGUUCCGCGAGAUCGCGAAGGGCAAGAAGGAGUCGCUGCCCACCGCGCCCAUCACGCUGCUCAACCAGCGCCCCGUCAGCGAGGACGAGCUGCCGCCGAUCACAAACAACAAGAUGGCGGCGAAGGCCAACCACGAGCCGCCGCCAGCCAACCACAACAACACUUCGAACGCCAACAACACGAACAACGUCAUCAAGAAGGAGACCAUUAGCGCACCUAUUGCUGUCACGAACGGCACAGCCUCAGCACCAAAAUCCAACAAGAGCUCCCCAGCUAAAGAGCCGCCCGGCAAACCGCAAGAGAACCCGUUCGAAGAAGACGAGUGGGACGAGGAGUCCGGCGGAGCGCUGACUGAUACCGGGGAACCUGGACAGCCCGUGCGGGCGCUGUACGAUUACACUGGGGCGGAGAGCGAUGAACUCAGCUUCAGACAAGGCGACCUAUUCGAGAAACUAGAAGACGAGGACGAGCAGGGCUGGUGCAAGGGGCGCAAGGACGGGCGCGUCGGGCUGUACCCGGCCAACUACGUGGAGCCCGUCGGCCACUAGCCGCCUCCGCCACCCCGCUAGCCGGUAACGAGAGCACAGGGACCUCACUCGGUCGUACACUGGACUUGCGCACUGGCGAACGACGCCGUACUUGUGGUUGGACUUAAAAUUUUCUGUUUUUGUAUGAUAUAGUUUUAUCGUGCUUACAAAAAAAUUCAAAAUUUGAGAUAGUCUUUAACAGAUUCCCAUUCCUUACAAAAUUUCAAAGAUUUUUGAAAAGCAGAAAACUCUCAUUACAAACAACAAGUAUGGCGUCGUUCCACAGUGCUGCGGAUAAACUGGACGUUCCGUCUAAGCAAUUCUGUUGAGAUGCGAACAUGACCUUGAAUAAGGUCACGUCGGAAUUGUUGCUUCUCUCUGCAGGGUGAGAAUUACCAUGCAAAAAGAAAUGAAAAAUGAGAUAGACGUCAUAUAUCGCACCACAAUGGAAUUUCCCAGACGCAGCAUUCAGUUUAAAUGUAAGGUCCUUGACAGUGAGGUCUUGGGUCUUGUUCAAAUUAUGUCGCCCAUCGAAAUGCUAUGAGCGUGACGCGAGUUUCAAAAUUAACGCUGUGGACGGAGCGAGCCCAUAUGUAGCCAAUUGCUAGCACAACCAGGUUUAUACUCCAUAUUGGAAUAUUGUUAUUCAUUUUGAUAAACUCGAGGACGCGUAGUCAAGCAGGAUGGCCGUGUCAGAGUCCGUUAAAUACAGUUUAAAAACCAAAACAAAUGAUUCAAUCGUUCAAACAAUGUUAUGUUACAAGUUUGAAGUUAAGCAACUCAAAUAUUAUAAGGGAUUUUCUUUUCAUGGUUGUACAAGUAUACAACUUACAUUGUUUUUUUUUUUAAUUAAUUAAUGAAUAUGUUCCGGUUGUGCUAGCCUUUGGUAUGUUUUCAUUAGAGGCCGUCAUUGUUUAAAGCGUUUUGUAUACGUUGAAAUAAAAACAUUCGUACAUCGGCUAGGUAUUUAAUAUGUACAUGUGCUCAUGGAAUGGUAAAAUACGCAGUUGCAAAUAAAAAGUUUGUUGUCUUAGCUUUUCUAUAAAAGUCUAAAUAAGAAAGUGUCAAUAGAAGUGGCCCAUAAUGUAUGCAUUACUUGAUAGUUUCCUCAUAACCUCAAACUUUAGUUAUUUUGAAUUUUUUGUUAUCAGAAAAUAAAUAGUAAAAUGACUAUCACUUUGGUUUCAUUGAUUAGUUAGGCCAUUCUGAUUGAAAACGUAAACUUGCUUAUACCAUUCUAGUGUAUCUUUGUACAGCAUGAUGGAACAGUGGCCUUAAAAGGUCGCUACAUUUUUCGCGUCGAAUAUGUUGCGAUAACUCUACAAGGGCUAAAGUCGGGGAUGACAACAUUCAAUGAACAAAUAAGUUUGUCUCGCGCUUGCCUUGACUAAAGUGAGCUCAUUAUCCACUCUUUAAAUUCAUUAUCCUUUUCGCUGCUGUUUUGAAUUUAAAGUAACUUAUUUUUUUAUUCUUAAUUUUUUAUCCAAUAAGCUUCUAAAGUUUUGUUUCUUACGUUACUCAAACAGCAUCGAAUUUAAUGAAUUUACUGGUAGGACUUAUGCCCUUGUAAUACCAAUACUAAGGCGACAGCGUUACUAACCGAAAAGGUCUUAUUUUACUGUAUUAUUUUAGUUAGUUUUCCUUUAGAAUUUCGGUUUCUAUUUUAAAAACGACAUUAAUACGCUAAUCUUUUUUCUUAUUGUGAAUACUAUUUAAAUCUUGCGUUGAAAAUGUCGUUUUGCAUAGAAAGGUAACGCUGAUCGCUACAAGAUUUAAAAUGAGUUGGGAGUUCCGUUUUUACCGUACAGUCACACGCUGUACCGUAUAAAUGGUUUGCAAAAUGUAGCUCACGUAGUUUUUAGGUUAAACUUAAGAAGUGACUCUUGGCUAUGUGAACGUAGAACGGAUAUAGAAUACAGGAUGAUUCAUGAGACGUGAGCAGGACUGAUCCUGCACACUCAGUAACUGAUAAUUGAUCGAUCACCGUCGUAUUUAGGUGAAACAACCACACUUUUUCCUAUUUUUUAACUUUUUGGUGAGGACAAUUUUAAUUCUCUACAAUCAGUGUCACCCUACAAGACCUAAUUAAUAAACAUAAAACCUCUUUUACGAAGAAAAUAAAAUGUCAAACCUGAGUGAAUUACGAGUUUUCAAAAGUAACCAGACCGUGGUGACAGUGAUGACGUUCAAUUUGACGCAGAAUAUCGAUAGUUUAGUAUUCUAAUGUUAGGGUGACCAUCCAUGUCGUAAAUAAAUUAAUAACUUUUUUUUCAACACGACUAGAAAAUUAACGUUAACCUCACUAAUAUUGAUAGGAAACAGUUGCUUAUAAUUUACGAAAUGCGCAGUGUUAGUCCUGCUCACGUCUCCUGAAUCAGCCUGUAUACGUCAAAAUUCAAAUGUAUGCCAAGUUAUGUAAAACUACUACCUUUACAUAGGCGAGAGGCAUUACUUUCGAGCUAUAUAUACACCCGUUCGAGCGAGGCAAAGACCGCGCGAUAGUCAAUAGUAUAAUAACGACAGGUGAUGUGUUAAGUACAUUAAAUUAGUAGUUAUAUCUCCUUGUACCGAUUAUGGAUAACGAUAUAAAUUCACAUCGAUAAGUUUCGCCGUAAGCUUUAAAUUGUCUUAUGAUGUACCGAAUCCGAUAACAGAUCACUUGCACAAAGGAAAAUCGGAAUUUCGACUGUGGAUAUUAUUGUAUCGAUGCUUGUCUUAACAUUUCGAUAGAAUUAUUUUAAUAAGUUGAAUGUUAUUGCAGUGUAUAUUUUCUGCCAAACUUUUGAAAUUAUGUCGAAUUGUUCACCAUAUUUGUUCGGGAUCGAAGAUUUUUUGUGCAAGUUGAUUUAGAACUUUUACCAAUCAUGUUUUAGACGUAAUUUAAAAUUGUGACUUCAUUUCUGACGCAUUUGGACCCAAAAGUUUUUUACGAUUUCUAGACUUUUCUAUUGUAUAAUUUUGAAAAGUUUUCAGACUGUCCACGGGUGGGAUUCGUAAGAGAUAUUUUUGGACGAAGUUGUUUGUACAAUGUGGAAACCAAAAAUGUUAAUUUAAACUUUAGUGGCAUUUAGUGGUGUAUGGACACUGUAACCCGCCGCUCCGAGGCCGUGGGGGACGCGAUUAUAUUUUGUGAUAUGUGGGUGCGGUUCUGUGUACAUACACGAUUAUAUAUUUUGUCGUGCAUAUAAUAUAUUUAUUUCCCAUUGUAUAUAAUGUAUAAUGAUAGCGAGUAAUGUGAAGUUCAUAUAAAGGGGCGGUCGCAAAGCUAUGCACGGAUGACGGUUGCGUUUUUAUCGCUAGCGAUAAGUGAUAAAGAUAUUAUGACCGUUAUAGGCCGUCUGAUUUCGGCCUAGCAUCGCCUCCCGAGUAGUUUUAAAUAGUGAUAACGAUUAAUAUAUUAUAAAAUGUUUACGUCAAGGGUGUUUUUCCUUUUUUACCUGCGGGCCUUCGGCUCGCUAGUUAUAGUAAUACCAACUGGCGGCUGAGGUCAUAAUGCCAUCUUUUUCACUCUUGGUUGGUCUCAAUAAGGGUAAAGGAGAUAGCGUUAUGAGCUCAGUGGCCAUUUGGUAUUGCGGUGAGUAUAGUCGUAGCUCUUGUUUUUUUUGUUAUGGGUUCAGUGACCUCUUGUGAAAAUCUUUGUAUUAUAUUAUUAUCAGAGUCAGGUGGCUUUGGACCACGUAUGUUAAUAUAUUAUUAAUAUUGGUAAAAUAAAAAUUGUUACAUAUGA